UUUAGACCACAAAAUUCUCCCGGGAAGUAAGGCUCAAUAAGGCGUGAGCUCUGGUGGCCCUUAACAACGACAACAAUAACAAACCAUGUGCUUGUCCUGCGCCAACCAUUGUCAGGGUAGAUCAGGUGAAGAUGGAGGAGCUUCCUGGACAGUGUAACUACUUGGCUCUUGGUGCUGCUAGGAUCCAGGAAAUAAAAUUGAUCGUCACAAAGCUAGAGAAAUGUGAGCAUGGAGGUCGGGCCUUUCAAAAUCUGCCACGUCACAUGCAAAGAAGAACAGUGUCGUCAAAUCCAAAGCGUUUGCCAAGAUGCCUUCAGGAGAGACACAUGAGAGAGGGUGGUGCUAAUGUUAAACCAAGUCACCGUCCAAGAAGAAAAUAUCGUCGCCGACCAUCCAAUUUAUUGGCAGAGUACAAUCGGCGUCAGAAGGACUUUGUCUGGUUGGAAACUCAUAUAUGGCAUGCCAAACGCUUUCAUAUGAAGAGGCAGUGGGGCUAUGCUCUCCCAGACACCCCAACUUGCAAAGGCUACAGGGCAACCCUUAGAGCAGCCAAAACGUCUUGCCUUCUCCAGGAUGUGUCUUAUUUGUGCUGCAUAGAGCUGGAAGGGCCAAGUAUGUCAUUAUUAGAUGGUUUGUCGUGCAUGAUGCAACCGGAUAGUUUGGCUUUGCUCAACACUUCACAGGUUCAGCAUGGUCAGCAAUGGAUAUCUGUAAUGCUGUUUGAACCAGGAAGACAGCCCCAUUGUCUUGGCGAUGUUGAAUUCAAAGGGACCCAAAACUCCGAGAUGUCAGAAAAACAAUUGAAUUUUUGUUUUCCAGGUAGUGGUUGGGAUAUUGUAUUAGCUGCAGGUUGGGGCAUGAGCGUGUGGAUGCCGCUAGUUUUUUGUGGUGGUGCUGCCGGGGGCCAACAGGAAUCACAAAAUCUGAAUAUGGAAAUGCUUUCUCCUAUGCCACCUCAUCUUCUACCAGACACACCAGCUGGGAGUUGCUAUACAACAUGGCUUGGAGAGCAGAGGCGCAUCCAGUUCUUUAGAAGACCACCUGCCAGUAGAUAUAAUUUUAUUAAGUUAGGUGUUCAGUAUCCAUUCUAUGCUCCCUGGAAGAAGCUUUUACAAGUGUGGGAACCUGGAACUCGAGAUAUCUUUGUUCUCAGGGAUACAAGACUGUUGAAUGGUUUAGCUCAACAGGCUGGAAAUGCUACAAAAGCAUUUAAGAAGUGCAUUUUAAAGAGAAAGGCAGAUAAUGAUUUGGAUGAGAUUCCUUGCAAGAAGUUACAGAUGUCUUUGGAAACUACUGGUGAGAUUAGUUCUUGCUCUAGAGAUGAUGCCAGCAAGGGUCCACAUACUGAAGAGAACCCAAGAAAGUCCCACAUUUGUGAUACACAAUCUAAAGAAUUGCCUUCACAUAGGUGCAGCAUUGAAGAACUACAAAAACUGAGCCAUGGUUGUUUAGUAAUGGUGAAGCUAAUAUUGCAGUAUAAAGGAAUUCUGGAGCCAUGUGCCAUGAUCUACCUACCAGAAGAGGAGGACAUAUCAACUAGAGAGAAUACAAUGAAACCCACUGAUAGAAAGGAAGACAUCACAGAGUUGCUUCAUAAUGAUACACAGUCUGAGCACAGACUAAAACUGAAGGUGGAACAUAAUAAAAUUAAGGGGAGGAUCCAGCAUUUACGCCGUAAGGCUAGAUCAAAAGUGGCAAGGGAGAAAGACAUUGUUGCAGCUAUACAAAGUGGUGAAAGUAUAAAAAAGGCAACUGCUGAUGCCCUUGAUAAAAUUCAUGAACAAAACAAGGAAAUUCUUGCUAAAUAUUCUUCUUUUCAAGAAGAGAUGGAAAAUGCAUGGUUAAUGAAAAUAAAUGAACCAUUACAGUGCUGUUCACGCAAGAUAAUGGGCUACAUUAUAAAUGGGAAUUUUUGUCAGACUUUGGGAAGAGGAGCAGGUAUUGGAUGGGUGGCCCUUAAACCACUUCUUCAUUUUAUUAACUUAUGUAAGAAAAUAAGUGGAAAAAAUGUUGAAAGUAAUAAUGAAGUGCAAAAUGAUGACAACACAGUAGAUGCCUGGAGGUAUGCUGUGUUGGUACGGAAUCCAUCAAGUCUACAAUACCACUGGGCAAAGAUGGUCAUAGUUGUGGAGUCGCAGUAAAGAAGGCGAUAGAUUAGCUUCUGAAAAUCUUGACAAAAUAGGUUAUCACAGGAAGGUAACAUUGAAACCAUUUAAUUUAAAAUGUGCAGAGAAAACUUUAGCACUUUAAUAAAAUAUAAAUCACAAA